GGGAGCUCGGUUCUGCCGCGCGGGCCCGGAGCUCGCUGCAGGCGACGCGAUGACCGCGCUGAGCCGGGGCGAGGCCGCCGAGACGGGCAGCACCCACCAGAUGCAUGGGAAGACGGCGUCUCUGAAGAGCCCCGAGCCCUGCCCAGAGAAACCAGACAGGGUUCCAGAGUCCCCAGACUCAAGUCCGCACUGGCCAGAGGGCCUGAAGGGCGAAGAGAUAAAGAAGUGUGGCAGGGAGGGGACACUCCUGAGUAAAUACAACCAGCAGUACCACAAGCUGUUCAAGGACGUCCCCUCAGAGGAGAUGGUCCUCAAAGUGUGCUCCUGUGCCCUCCAGAGGGACCUGCUUCUCCAGGGCCGGCUCUACAUCUCCUCCAACUGGCUCUGCUUCCACGCCAGCCUCUUUGGCAAAGAUAUCAAGGUGGCCAUUCCCGUGGUGUCCGUGCAGAUGGUCAAAAAGCACAAGAUGGCUCGUCUCCUGCCCAACGGCCUGGCCAUCACCACCAACACCAGCCAGAAGUACGUGUUUGUGUCACUGCUGUCCCGGGACAGCGUCUUUGACACGCUGAGGCGGAUCUGCACGCACCUCCAGCCUUCCAGCAAGAAGAGUCUGAGCGUCAGAGAGUUCCCUGAGGAACCUGAGUGCGCGUCUCUGGAAGUCCUCAUUCCUGAGAUGAAGUGGAGGAGAGUGUGUCCGGCCACCAGGUCCCUGUCCCUCCCAGACCACAUCCCUAGUGUCCCGUCCACCCCCCUGGACUCUGCAGAAAGUUUCUUCCCCUCCAGGAAGCCCCCCAGGCCUGAUGCCACUGCCCGUGCAGAGGAGAAGCCGGAGGAGGAGAGCAAGAGCGAUGGGGAGCUGAGGCUCUGGGAUUACCGGCUCCUCAAGGUCUUCUUCGUGCUGAUCUGCUUCUUGGUGGUGUCCUCCUCCUACCUGGCCUUCCGCAUCUCCCGACUGGAACAGCAGCUCUGCGCCCUCAGCUGGGAUGGCCCGGUCCCUGAGCACAGGUAACAGUGGGUCAGCCUUCAUCCCUGCUCAGCUUAAGGACUCCUGCCGGGCUUUGAGGACACCUCCGGAGGGAACAGUCUCAGGACCCC